CUCAGGCCUUGCUACCGAUGUUGUCACUACUAUGACUGUCAUUACCUCCACGACGAUCAUCGAGGGCACCGAGACUGUCAAGAGCGUUGUAUCUCGUCUUCCUACCGACCCGCUCUCUACUACUAGUGGGCUCACGACCCAGACCUCAACUCAGACCAUCGUCGUCUCUACUCCAGUUUCUCGCACGGAUGGUGAAAGCAUGACGAUCCAAACCCCCACGCCCCCAGCAAGUGCGAACAGCACUCUCAAGACCUCGACUAGCACGAGCGGCAGUGAGACCGUUCCGGUCAGCACGUCCACUACAACAGAAACGACGACGGCGACGAGCGAGGCACCAAGCGUGGGACCGUCUACGAUUGUUGUGACACAUGUAGCGAGCAAGACAACCGUUACUACGGCAAGUGCGAGCGCGAGUACGAGUCCGGGACUGGUGAAUGCAGCGGACAAGGUUGCUAGAGGCUCGACUCUCGGCGCUGUCGUCGCCUUUGGUGCGCUCUUCUUUGGCUUCUAGGCGCAUGCACGUGCUAGUGACUCGUCGACAAUAGAGUCUACUAGGUAUAUGACUUCAUAUGACGGAUCCAUUGGCAUCCGGGACAUACUUGACUUGCGAUUUCCAGGUCUUGUAGCAGCCAGAUCAAACAUGUAUGAGCUAGC